AUGAGCAGCAUCGUCGGACGCCUGCAGGCUCGCGUGCAGCGCUGGCACCUGCUAGGACGCUACUACGUCAAUAAGUGGCACUACGAUGGGUCCAAGUGGGUGGAUCGCGUGUGGUACGGCCAAGGAAGUACGGGAAACGGACCUCAAGUGGCCUCUGUAGCCUUUAUGAUCACGCGCAGCAUGAGGCAGCAGCUUCUGGACGCUGGUUUUCCUCCUUCUGCCAUCUCGACGCUGCAACCAGCGGCAGCACAAAAGAUCAUCACAGAAAAGAUCACAUUUGUGCAGUUUGAGGAAUUGCAGAAGCAGCAACAGGUGGAGCAGGCAGCCGAGACAGCAAAGCAAGCUUUGAAGCAGGAGGAGCAGAGCGCACUGGUGGCGACGACGGAAGCAGAGCAGGAACAUGAGCAGACCACACUGACAGCGGCGCUUGUUGUGCAGCAAGAGAAAAUAGAGAAAGAAGAAGGGAAAUUGUAGUAAAUGUGGUUGAACCAUUGCAAA